AAUCAUAAGCAUAAUAAGGAUCAAUUCAGACGAAGUUUGCAUAGCUGCAUAACCAUAUUCAUAAAGAAAUGAACCAAUCACAUAUCUAAUAAGAAAAGUGCUACACAAAUGUAUCUUUAUAUGUGUACGCAUAUGCAGUGUCGUAAAAAAAACGUUCAAUCGUCAUUGUAGAAUAAAUAUUAUCAAAUUGACAUAUAUAUAUUCCGUGGAUUUGUAAUAUUAUAUUGUGCAAUCCGUGUUACUCGACAUAUCCUCUGAAAAAUCUAAAAAUUGAAAUAUGGAAGCUGAAGAAUUAUGUGCUUUGUCAUGUUUGAGUUAUAUGUUAUACAGACGUCGUCGAUAUCGUCUAUUAAAAAAACAUAAGAGAAGAUGGUAGUGUCGUCCAAUUAAUACAUUAAGAUUUUAUCAAGGAGAUUUUGACCACCUCUUUCAAAAAUUGAAACAAGAUUCAGAUAUGUUUUUUAAAUAUACACGAAUGAAUGAAGAUACUUUUAAUUUAUUAUUAAGCAAGAUUGUAUCAUAUUUAAAAAAAUCUAAUUGGCGAGCCUUGUCUCCAGAGCAGCGUUUGAUUAUUACACUCAGGUUUCUUGCAACAGGUGACCAAAUGACAUCAAUAGCAUUAGCAUAUCGCAUUGGAUUAUCAACUGCUCAUUCCGUAGUUAAGGAAACAUGCGAAAUAAUUUCAAACGUACUUAGUACUGAAUAUCUUAAUCCACCAACAUUGAAUGAGUGGAAAAAUAUAAGCACGGGCUUUUGGCAACGGUGGAAUUUUCCAAACACAAUUGGUGCAAUGGAUGGAAAGCACAUCCAGAUACAAGCACCACCAAAAUCUGGGAGCUUAUAUUUUAAUUAUAAGAAGACUUUUAGCUUAGUACUCAUGGCUAUAUGUGAUCGAAUAAAUAUUGUAUCCAGUACUAUUUUUACUUUUUUAUUUCUGUAUCAAAAGUACAAAAAUAUACAUAUCUAUGUGCUGAAUUACAUAUAUAAUUAAUGUAAAACAAGUGGCAACAAUGCAUAUAAAUUAAUAUCACUUUUACUUUGGUUUUGAUUAUAAUGAAAUGUAAAAAUUUUAAUACAUUUGAACAAAAUAAUAUUUGUUAUCAUAGAACACGUUAAUACGUCUUAAAGUUAUAAAUAAAAGUUUAUUUUCAAGCAAACAAAAAUUUUAUGCUUAUUUUAUUUGUAAUAGAAAAUAAAAUUAAAAAGAAAAUAAA